GUACGGGUUUUGAAGUUUAUUGAAUGCAAAUCGAAGAAAAAUCAUAGGUACAAUUGCGAACCUGAGACGAAUCGAAAUUUUUAUAGGCCGCAAAAUAGAAACUUGAAAAACUAUCGAUCAAUUCGGUGCAGUCUGUGGUUCGGCUGUUGAACUAGCUUGAUUAUUGUUAAAAUAAUGGGUUUAUCGCAUAGUAUUUCCGUCCCAGGAGGAGGAACUGAAGGCUACCACGUACUACGGGUUCAGGAUAACUCUCCAGGUCAGAAAGCGGGACUGGAAGCAUUCUUUGAUUUUAUUCUUGCGAUUGGGAAUACUCGCCUGGAUCAGGAUAAUGAUACUUUGAAAGAAUUGCUGAAGGCAAACAUCGACAAAGAAAUUCAGAUGACGAUUUUCAGUAGUAAAACACAAAAUAUUCGGGUAGUCAAUAUUAGUCCCAGUACGACCUGGGGCGGCCAAGGUUUGCUUGGCGUUAGCAUACGGUUCUGCUCGUUCGAGGGAGCAAAUGAGAACAUUUGGCACAUCUUGGAAGUGCAUCCUUCUUCGCCAGCAGAGGAAGCCGGUUUGAUUCCGUUUACUGAUUACAUCAUAGGAGCAGAUUCAAUUCUACAUGAGAGUGAAGAUCUGUUCACGCUGAUAGCAUCGCAUGAGGGACGACCUCUGAAAAUGUAUGUGUACAACAUCGAGAAAGACGCCUGUCGGGAAGUCACGAUUACACCACACAGCAAGUGGGGCGGAGAAGGUAGUCUUGGCUGUGGAAUCGGUUACGGAUAUCUUCAUCGAAUACCUAUCAGGACGAUGCCGGUAGAUACCAAGACAACAGUACUGAGUCAAACCAUGACUUCGGUACCGACUUCCGUUCCCGCGGCAGACCCCAGCGUAAACGCGCCAAAUCGUCCAAUUCCUUUCAUCCCGAUGGUACCGCCUUUGGCCAACACAUUUGCAUCGAGUGCAGGGACCACCCACACGGAUUUGCUAACCGUAUCCCAGACGCCAACGGUCGACAGUACCACAAACACACUAACGCAUCAGUUUGCCAAUCUGAACACAUCGGAUCAGGCAAGUCAGGUUGUGAACGUUUCAGCUGCAACAGGGGGCGGUGAUGUACCGGCUACGCCGGAGAAGGUCAGCUCUCCACCGAUCAAUGUUGGAGAAACGUUCUACACACCUCCGACCGGAGCGGCUACCAAUGUUCCCCCCUCGCCAGCGUUGGACGUGGCUGCUUCAAUGUCGCCUACACCGACACCAAUCCCUAUGUAUUCGCAGCAAGCUCAACAGCAAAUACAAAAUCCCUACAGACAGCAGCAUCAACAGCCGGCGAAUUUGUCCUAUCCCACAAGUUUAUCUAGCAGCGGCACUACACCGACAACGGUAGCUCUCCCAAACGUGAAUCCAAAUAUUUUCGGUUCCAACAUUCCGCCACCGUCUUCGUUGGCUAGCGACUUUUAUCAGAUGUAUGGAAACACUUCGAGUACGGCGUCGGUUCCGAUGGAUAGUAGCUUUCAACCAGCCAACCUUUCCUACCCAAGCAACACUGCAGAUCAUCAGCAACACUACCAACCACAAACGUACGCAGCUGGACAAGCACCACCUCCAAUUCAAAUGUAUUCCACCUUCCCACAGCAAUUGCCCUCAGAUUUAGGUCAACAAGCGGCACCGCUUUUUCAAACGAGUGCCGUGACAACACCCAUAUCCCUACCCGGAAUGCCUCCCAUUACGGUUAGUGCCACAAUCCAAGCGGAAGCUCUACGAGGAUUGCAGUUCAACAACAAUCCCCAGCUGCAGCAGCAACCCACUGCUAGUGUAACGAUCCCGCAGCUACAGCAAUAACUAUAAGCUUCCUUGAACCGUUGGAAGUAACUGUACAUAGACGCGUUGGAAGCAUUCGUGCAGAUCCAUUUUUUGAAAGGUCUUCAUCUUACCCUUCUACUAACGGUGCCCUAAUGUUAUGAAAUGUGUUACAUUUUUGUGUUAAUCAAGUCUAUUAAUUUUUAUUCAGUACUAUACCGGAAAAUGAUCAGAUAAUUUAUAAGGGAAUGUCUAACAGACACUAACACUGACGUCGCCCUUGUUUCCGAAUGUUUUUCUUGUGUAAUUGGGAUAAUGGUGCGAAGCGAAAUGAGUCGUUUCUUCAUUUAAGUCGUUUCCCACGUGAAGACACAAGGAACAACCUGUUCAAAUAGCAAGAUGAUCUGAUACAAUUGAAGACGAACCACGAAUAUGGGUAAAGGGCGCUUAUCACCAUAUUUUCAAAGAGAUUUCUGCUUAUAACUAAGGCAUUUUUUCACUUUAAAAAACCCGAAACAAUCGAAGAGAAAAACUCGAAAUGGCUUAUAAUCAUGCGUCAUUUUCACAAUAACGACAGUCAAAUCAAUUUCAUAUUUGUUCGAAAAAUCAAUCGCCAUCAUGCACACUGAUGCUGUGCCUUGUGAUCUCGCCUGGGUAGCGAUUUAAUGCAGAAAAGCUUAAGGUUGAAAAACGUGUGGAGAUGAACACUGGAAACGGAAUUUUUAAGUUGAAAAUAUGUUGAAUAAGGCGUUUAUAAUGCAUUAGUUUAUCGUAUGUUUUAUCCACAUAUUUGAGCAAGCAGUAUCUAAAUAAAGAGAAUCAACAUAA